GUCUGUACACGAGGGAACGGAGUCUGCAGGGCUAGCUUGGCAGAAUGGCACCCACGUUCCCUCGCCGCUCCAGGUCCAACUGUUUGUCCACUACUCAAUGCCAAGGAGGCAUGAGCUUCACAAGAAGCAGUAAGUUUCGAGUAGUUGAUAGCAACCUCACCAGCAUCCAAGGAGACCAUAAUACAACACACAACUACUAUCAAAAUUUCUCCAGAGCUGAGUCAGGUCUUUCAGUGUUGAGGAGUCGCGUCGCGUUCAGUGCUCUUCAUGAUUCGGAGGCUCGUUAUCCUCAGCCAAAUGUUUUGCCUGGCACUCGGGAAGAAAUUAUCCAAAACUUAGGUCGUUGGAGCGAGGAUCCUUACAAGGAGAACAGAGUAUAUUGGGUCAAUGGCGCUGCUGGGGUAGGCAAGUCAGCGAUUGCACAAGCGCUGUCUGAAAAGUACAUCCGAUCCGGGCAUCACGCAGCAGCAUUCUUUUUUUCAAGGAACGAUUAUACUCGAGACAGGCUUGAUCCAUUCGUUGCUACCAUUGCCUACCAGCUUGCGACAUCAAAAGCUGUUGGGCCCUUUAUAGCACCCCUCAUUAACCACAUCAUCCGUUCAAUGCCCGAGAUUCUGGAUAAAAACUGGGAACAUCAAUUCAGAACGUUAAUAGAAGAACCGUGUACUCAGGUAGACCCCAGACAAUGGCUUCAACUUCCCCGACUUGUCAUUAUUGACGGUGUUGACGAAUGCAUCGAAGUGAAAUCUCAGAAGAGACUGCUCCAGAUAAUCCGAAAUGCCACACCUACUCUUCCCCUCGAUUUCCUCAUUUUCAGCCGACCGGAACCGCACAUCUCUCACACCUUCCGUCAUGAAUCUUUCAUUCCGAGUCCAUUCCGCAUGGCCUUGGGUGAUUUUGCUGUGUGGGAUGAUAUUGAAACAUAUCUUCGCCAUGAGUUUGCUCGCAUUCGGGAGGAACACUGGGAUACCUUACCCAGUCCACAGGCUAGAUGGCCUGGUGACAACGUGAUACACCAGUUGCUAUGCAAGGCAACAGGACAGUUCAUUUACGUGACCACCGUAAUGAAGUAUAUCGAUACCGGCAAAAUACCAGUAGCACCUGGGCAGCGACUGGAAAUUAUACUUCGUGCCAAAAGAGUGGUGCAGUCGACAUCUCCCUACCCCGACCUGGACCUGCUGUACUCCCAAAUCUUACAGUGUUGUGUCGAUGAAGAUGGGAACCUUCGGAAGAUCUUGCAGUUAAUAGUGAGCCCUUUCGGUGCACAUCACGUUUUGAAAUCGCCCUUUCGGCUACGUGGCUCGUCUUCAAUUGGCUUACGAAGUUUAUGUGCCCUCGAACAACUUCUGGAUUUAAGCGAGGGCGAGGCCGCUGCUCUGCUGUCUGGAUUACAUUCGAUUCUCGGCAUCCCCGCGUCCAGAACAGAAGACGUCGAAGUAUUACACGCGUCCUUUUCAGAUUAUCUCCUCGACUCGCACCGCGCUGGCGUAUAUCAUGUGGGUGCAAAACUUUCUCCCCAGGAGUGGAGACAAUUACUCGUCGUCUCUCAACUUCGAAUGCUUUCCCGAUUUUGUAUCGAAUCCGAACCUUCGCCUAUGCACUCUCGCGACCAUCCUCUCAACGGGAUCCACGAUGCGGAUAUUGGCGCACUCAAUGUUUGGAAGUAUCUAUACGACAAUCGGAGGACCAUCGCUAUCAACAGCGAGAUCGCUGCAGCCCUCAAUGCGUUUGAUCCUCAUCUGUACCUCGCUACGCUACUUCGUUGGAAUUAUCAACUCAAGCUUGAUGGCUACACACACCAUCCCAGCCUACAAACAGACAGGAAGAAUGGACACAAACCACUUGUCAGUUGGUAUAAUCCUGCGGAAACCUUUGAGGCAUUGGACUUUCAGGUUUCGCGGUUCUACGGGACUCCCCGAGAGUGGCGAUGCCAUACAGCAGCAGUGCAUUAUCAAGUGACCAUGCUUUACAGUGCUUUUCAGUUGUUGAAGGAGCUUGAUAAAUCGGAUAAAUCCUCUUCUCCUUGCCUCGAUAAAUUCUUCAAAAGAUGCAGCUCUUUAUUCCGCGGUUUCUACGUGACAUUCCCUAGAGACCAGGACAAGAGAUCUAUACAAUAUACCCUUUUUGCAUGCCAAUUAUCCAUCUCCCGUCGCAUCCAUCACAAGUUUCCGAAUUUCAAGGCUAUCUAUCACAUCAUGUGUUUGAAAGCGACUGUCGGCCAAUUCGACGUGUCACUGAGGAUCUUACCUUCCGACAACGAGGACGGGCGACAUACGACAAUCCCAGCGGGAUGGGAAGUCAAGUACAUCGAUCCAGCCGAAGGGCGGCUUCUUCGCAGGCUUAUUGAACUCCUCGUUUACAGCCCGCUCAGGAGGAGUGACGAGUCCCAAUCAGAAAUCGCCUCCCGUAUCAUGGACGUUUUCCCUUCAUCUGAAUUCGAAAACUGGACCUACAAGCUAGCUAAGUUGGACUGGGGGAAGACGUGGAGAGCAUAUUUGUUCGGCAAGCUGGCUCAAAUAACGCAGGGGAAGCGGACGACAAGUAAGGUAACCUUCGAACAUGGACAUUCUGACUGGACAGUUGUACCCGUAUAUGCAGGCAGCAUGAAUCCAAGAGAUAGUGAAUAAUAACUCGUAUCGUG